AUGGCGGCGUGUGAACAUCGCGAGGCUCAGCGUCUCUCCAGUUUUAGCAAUUAUAUAGUGUUUUUCUUGCUCAUCUCGGGCCUGUUCGUUCAGAACAGUUGUGCAUUCAUAUCGUACACCCGGCAUGAGCUUUUGGAUAUCGGUUUGCGCAUUCCCGGAAGUUAUAUCAGCAACAUUCAACUCGUUCCUAAGAUCGCCAAAACACCCGAUGCUACGCACUCCACACGGCCGGGCGGAAGUGCUCGCCGGCGGCGUCGAGAUCAUAAACAAAGGCGGUGGGAGCGCGGAGGGCUAAGAGCUAGGCUAAAGCUAACACCACACCGGCUCUUUUUACCCAGCAUUUUCCUUGCUAAUGUACGAUCAUUAGUGAACAAAAUGGAUGAGAUUCGACUUCGCAUCAUCAACAACAAAAGACUUUUGAACUGCAAUGUCAUAAUCUUCACGGAAACAUGGCUACACAGCGGCAUACCAGAGAACGCUAUUGAGUUAGCGGGCUACAACACACACCGGGCGGAUAGAACAGCAGAGGAAUCCGAUGAUGAAUCUUUCUUCGCACUUCAGUCAGAACUGGAAGUAUUGGAGAAGCAGAUCCACGAUCUACUCGAGAGGCAAACACGUCUGCGAGAACGUAAAACGGCGAUGGAAACAUCCCGGGCUGACGCUCGCAAAGCUGCGGUAAGUGUUCGACGUGAUUGUAAUACUCCUAUCACUUCUACUCCGUGUGUUUCUAUGCACAGAGCCCAGGCUUCAAGAUCACGACGAGCCGAAAUGAACUUCACUCCUGCACCUGCACACACACGGCGGAAGGCGAAAUCCAGGACCGGAGCGAUGACCUCUCCCCGACCGCCGCGACCGGUCUUCGAGAUUUCUACGAGAAAUCGCUUUGCCGCCCUCUGCGAGACGAAAUCCAACGCUGUGGUCAUCGGAGACUCAAUCGUCCGGAACGUACGCGCCUCCUUCAAUGAAGGUAAGGUGCGCACUCACUGUUUUCCUGGCGCCCGUGUUCUCGAUGUGUCUGCGCAGGUAACUGCGAUUCUGAAGGAGGAUGCAAGAGUAGGAGCCGUAGUUCUGCACGCGGGGGUGAAUGAUGUGAGAAUGCGGCAGUUGGAGAUCCUGAAGAGGGACUUCAGGAGUCUGGUCGAUACUGUUCGCAACGCAUCGCCCACGGCGAGGAUCAUCGUAUCAGGGCCGCUUCCAACUUACCGACGAGGGAACGAAAAGUUCAGUAGACUAUUUAUGCUUAAUAAUUGGUUAAUGUCAUGGUGUAUUGAACAGAAGCUGCUCUUUGUAAAUAAUUUUGAUCUGUUCUGGGAGUGACCUAGGCUUUUCCGCCCCGACGGGCUGCACCCCAGCAGCAUUGGAGCGGAAAUUCUGUCUGACAACAUCUCAAAGACGCUACGCACCAUUUGACUAGUAAGUACAAAUUUUAACUACAGUCUGUGUUCUUCUCACCCAACUGUUAAGAAUGUUACUGCUUUCAAAUGCAUAGAGACUGUGUCUGUCCCCCGAAUAAUACAACCAAAUAAUAAUUUAUUUAAAAGUCAGAGAAAAAAUCUUAUCAUGAUUAAACCAAAAGACAAUAUAUUUAAUGAGCAAAACCAAUGCCUAAAGUUUGGGCUACUUAAUAUUAGAUCACUAAAUCCAAAAGCAGUUAUUGUAAAUGAAAUGAUCACAGACAACAGUUUUGAUAUACUUUGCCUCACUGAAACCUGGCUUAAGCCAAAUGAUUAUUUUGGUCUAAAUGAGUCUACUCCUCCAAGCUACGGUUAUAUUCAUGAGCCACGUCCGGUUGGUCGAGGUGGUGGUGUCGCAACAAUCUUUAGAGACUUUCUUACCGUUACUCGGAGAACAAUGCAUACAUUUAAAUCAUUUGAAAUGCUUGCGUUGAACAUAACAGUUCCAAACAAAAGUAAAAAAUCAUUGAUCUCUCUUACAUUGGUUACUGUGUAUAGACCCCCUGGGCCUUACACUAAUUUUCUGAUAGAGUUCGCAGACUUCUUAUCGGAUCUAUUGGUUAACGUCGAUAAAGUACUGAUUGUUGGAGAUUUUAAUAUCCACGUAGACAGUGCUAACGAUCCAUUAGCUGUGGCGUUUAAAGAACUACUAGACUCUUGUGGUGUAACACAAUACAUCAAUAGACCUACUCAUCGCCUUAAUCAUACCCUAGACUUGAUUAUAUCUCACGGAGCCGAUCUAACCAAUAUCGAUAUUAUACCUCAAAGCGACGAUGUUUCCGAUCAACAUCUUAUAAUAUGUACACUGCGCACUGCAGAAAUCAGUUGUAUAUCUUGUUAUCGACAAGGUAGAACAAUCACCUCAACUACUAAAGAUAGUUUCGUAAAGAACUUGCCAGAUCUGACUUCUCUAAUAACCUUUCCAACGAAUAUAAAAUUGCUCGAUGACAUGACCAGCAACAUGGGCACUAUUUUCUCUAAUACAUUAGAAGCGGUCGCACCUAUGAAGUCAAAAAGGAUAAAUGAAAAGAACAUAGCACCAUGGUAUGAUAACACCACUCGCGCCCUAAAAAGAGAAACGCUUAAACUGGAGCGAAAAUGGAAACAAACCCAAUUAGAGGUCUUUAAAAUUGCAUGGAAAGAGAGUGCAAGCUGUUACAAAAAGGCACUAAAAGCAGCAAAAGCCGAGCACUUCCGUAACCUCAUAGAAAAUAACAAAAACAAUCCAAGGUUUUUAUUUAGUACAAUUGCUAAAUUAACAAACAAACAGACUCCACCUGACCUGGGUAUUCCGCCGCACCUUGGUAGCAAUGAAUUCAUGAAUUUUUUUACCGAGAAAAUCGAAAUAAUACGAGACAACAUAGCUAAAACCAAACCUCCAAGUUUGUCGGAAGAAUUAGUUUCAACCGUCACCCAAAAAGAAAAGCUAGAGUGUUUUUCUCCUAUAAAUCAGGAAGAUUUAAUUAAAAUUAUUGCAACAUCCAAACCGACGACAUGCUUAUUAGACCCCAUUCCGACUACUUUAUUAAAAGAGUUACUACCUGCUGUAAUUGAGCCCAUUUGUAACAUAAUCAACUCGUCUAUUAAUCUAGGACAUGUCCCAGGACCCUUUAAACUGGCUGUAAUUAAGCCUCUUAUCAAAAAACCAAAUUUAGACCCAAAUGAACUUGGAAGCUAUAGACCGAUUUCAAAUCUCCCGUACUUGUCUAAAAUACUAGAAAAAGUAGUGUCAACUCAACUGUGUACCUUCCUACAAAAUAAUGACAUGCACGGAAAGUUUCAGUCUGGCUUUAGACCGCAUCACAGCACUGAAACUGCGCUCGUUAGAAUUACAAAUGACCUUCUUAUUGCUUCAGAUAAAGGAAACAUCUCACUCUUAGUCCUGCUUGACCUUAGUGCUGCUUUCGAUACUGUAGACCAUAAAAUACUACUAGAUCGUUUACACCAUUAUAUCGGUAUUCAGGGACAGGCACUGCAAUGGUUCAGAUCUUACUUAACAGACCGAUAUCAAUACGUCCAUUUAAAUGGGAAAUCGUCAAAUCUUAAGCAAGUCAAUUAUGGAUUACCUCAGGGAUCGGUUUUAGGACCCUUGCUUUUCUCCAUAUACAUGCUGCCCCUCGGCAACAUUAUUAGAAAACAUGGAAUUAGCUUCCACUGUUAUGCAGAUGAUACUCAGCUAUAUAUCUCAUCAAGACCAGAUGAUUCCUUUAAGCUAUCCAAACUGGCAGAGUGCAUCGAGGACAUAAAACAUUGGAUGACUAGUAAUUUCCUCCUUUUAAACUCUAGCAAAACAGAAAUAUUACUUAUAGCACCAAAAUUAAGUAAACCGAAUAUCUCCGAUUACAGCCUGCAAAUUGAAAGCUGCACUGUUACUCCAACAAAUACAGUUAAAGACCUAGGCGUUAUAUUAGACGGCAACCUGUCAUUUAAAAAUCACAUCUCAAAUAUCACAAAAACAGCCUUCUUCCACCUUAGAAAUGUUGCCAAAUUACGAAAUAGUUUAUGUGUUGCAGACGAAGAAAAGCUUAUUCAUGCAUUUGUGACCUCACGGCUUGACUAUUGUAAUGCUCUACUUAGUGGUUGUCCUGUAUCAUCGAUAAACAAACUACAGUUAGUUCAGAAUGCAGCUGCCAGAGUUCUUACUAGGUCAAGAAAAUACGAUCACAUAACCCCAGUUUUAUCAUCGCUUCACUGGCUACCCAUUAAGUAUCGCAUUGAUUUUAAAAUUAUUUUAAUUACUUACAAAGCCCUGAACGGUUUAGCACCUACUUACUUAACCGAGCUUUUAUCACGUUACAACCCAUCACGCUCGCUGAGAUCUCAAAACUUAGGACUUUUGACAAUACCUAGAAUAACAAAAUCCACCAAAGGUGGACGAGCUUUCUCAUACGUAGCACCUAAACUCUGGAAUAGCCUUCCUGAUACUAUUCGAGGGUCAGACACACUCUCCCAAUUUAAAUCUAGAUUAAAGACACAUCUUUUCAGCCAAGCUUUCACUUAAUGCAUAGUUAAUGAACAGCAGCUACGCUAAUUAUUCUCUUUAUUCUCUUUCCGCCUCUGCCUCGGGAUGCCCAUCCCGAGGUAGGAAGAAGUUCCACCAUGACCAGACGACCGACAGAUGCCCAUCCCCAUGCCCAUCCCGAGGUAGGAAGAAGUUCCACCAUGUCCAGAUGACCGACAGAUGCCCAUCCCCAAUUUGAGAUUACACCAGAUACAGCUGCAGACUGACUGACCAUCACAGCUCCAUCUAAGGCAAUUCCACCAGCUGCCAAGAGAAAUAUGACCAUCGGACCAUCCCAGCUCAGACCACUACAUCCCCAACCAAGAGCAAAGACGGACUAUUUGUCUUAUUAAUGCUGAAGUUACAAUAUUUGGUAUUAAAUGCUAAACUAAAAUCACAUGUCACCAGUCUGAGUGCAGCUAUGACACGUCAGAGGGGAUCUGGCCCUCCCGGUUGAGCCUGGUUUCUCCCGAGGUUUUUUUCUCCAUUAAUCAAUCAUUGGAGUUUGGGUUCCUCGCCACAGCAGGGCAGUGUUGGCCUGCUCACCGGGAGACUGCAUUCAUUCAUUUAUUUAUUUAUUUAUUUAGAAAUUAGAUGUUAUUUAUUAGAAUGAACUUACUCGUUGUAUAAAUACCAUGCACUGUGCUGUGUUUUAACUGUUCUGUUUUUCCUGUUUGCCCCUGUAAAGCUGCUUUGAAACAAUACACAUUGUGAAAAGCGCUAUAUAAAUAAACUUGAAACUUGAAUUAACGGGACGGCUGUUGAACGUGUUUCCAGUUUUAAGUUUCUGGGGACCCAUAUUUCGGAGGACCUGUCCUGGACCACCAACACCUCAUGCAUGGUCAAGAAGGCUCACCAGCGUCUCUUCUUUCUGAGGACACUGAAGAAGAACCAACCAUCUUCAACUAUCCUGGUGAACUUCUAUCACUGCACGAUAGAGAGCAUCCUGACCAACUGUGUCACAGUCUGGUACGGGAACUGUUCUGUUGCUGAGCGCAAGGCACUGCAGCGGGUGGUGAAAACAGCCCAGCGCAUCACAGGAACUACACUCCCUUCCAUUGAGGACAUCCAAAAGAAACAGCUCGCAGCAUUAUAAAGGACUCCUCUCACGCCGCUCAUAGACUGUUUACUCUCCUGCCUUCCGGUAGGCGCUUCAGGUGCCUCCGGACAAGAACCAGCAGACUAGGAAACAGCUUUUUUCCCAGAACUGUUUCACUAUUGAACUCUGCUCCCCACUGAUUCCACUACCCCUCAUAACAUGACUGAACUGUACUCACCAGUACUUCAUGUUAUCUGCUCUACCGGACUGUUUACACACAUAUAGCAUCAUUUGCACUCUAUACUGCUCACUUGCACACCAGGAAUAUUACACUGAAUGUGUCAUGGUUUCACCUCUCCUUGUCAGGUAUUUCUUGGUUUAGAGAUGGAAUCAUACAGAAUCCUUUGUUUCAUGUGGGGAGAGAUGUUUUUGACCUUGUGGCCUUCCAUACUCACCCCAAGUCGCGUCAUCCCCCUCCUGUUUCCUAGUUUGUGUUAAUUAGCUUUCCUUGAUUGUUUAUCCCCUGCACCUGUUCCCUCUUGGUUCCUUCUCCCUGGUUCAUUGUGUGUACUUGUGAUCUUUGCUCUGUAUGUACUUCGUAGUCCUAGCUUUUCAUGUACCUUAGAGGCUUUCUUGAACCUUUAUCUAGUUUUUUGAGUUAUUGCCUGUCCUCAUUGUUUCUGCUUCUCAUUGUUCCUGUUUUAUCCUAGAAAGUGUUAAAUUCAGUUUAUGUAAAGUUUAGUUCAGUUUAGUGUCAGUCAGUCCUCUCUAGUUAAUCUUGUUUGUUCAUUUUUACCCCAUCGUGGGUCUUUGUUUUGCUUUUCUAAUAAAGUUUUUGUUAUUCUCAUCUGCA